AUGCGCCACACCGUCCAACUCUUCACCGACGGCGCCUGCUCGGGCAACCCCGGGCCGGGCGGGUGGGCCUACAUCCUCAAGCACCCCGCCUCCGGCAAGGUCGUCGAAUUCGCGGGGGCCGAGGCGCGGACGACGAACAACCGCAUGGAGCUCACCGCCGUCAUCCAGGGCCUGCGCCACAUCAAAGAGCCGGCGAAGGUCGAGAUCUACUCGGACUCGAAAUACGUCCUCGAGGGCCUGGAGAGCUGGCUCGACAACUGGAUCAAGCGGGGCUGGAAAACCGCCAGCAAAAAGCCCGUGAAGAACGAGGAGCUCUGGCGGGACCUCGACGAGCUCCGCAAGAUCCACGACCUGACCUUCCACUGGGUGCGGGGGCACGACGGGCACCCGGAGAACGAGCGGUGCGACCAGCUGGCGGUCGAGGCCCGAGAAGCGAUCGCCUCCUAG